CAGAAGCGGGAAGUGCCAUAGCCUACCAGAGAAGCGAAAGUGAAAUUGCUUCGGAAGCACGGGUAAAGGAGAGAAAUUUUGGCGGCAGUUUUCAGAUCCAUCGGAGGUCAAUCAGUCGCUGUGCUCUCAGCUAUGGAAGAUGAGCCGUCGAACCCGCUUCGUCGCAUGUCCAGCCGGACCCGCAAGGUCGCUCCCAAGAUGGGGGCUGCCCUCGCCAGCAGCGACAACCGAACUCAGGCCGUGCUUGCUCGACUCGAAGCUCUGGAGAAUGACAAUGCCGGAAUCGAAGUGGCGGAUCCCAACGACGACGACGAAGCUUCCCUGGACGACGACGACGACGACGGUUAUAUGCACAAAAAGCAAUCGAAGAGCACAAAACGUAAAACACGUCAAGCGAAAGCUCUUGAAAAUGCCAGGAAAGCUCCUAGAACAUUCCUUGAGCUACUGCAUGAGGCGAACCUCGAAUCCUUGCCUCCUCAUAUUCCCUCAUACUCAAGGGCAGCGGUUGGGCCUCCAAGUUCUAUCUCCCGUCGCCAUUUUUGCACCGUUUGUGGGUUCACAGCCACUUAUACAUGUGUGAGGUGUGGGAUACGCUUCUGUUCUCGCCGAUGCCAGAACAUACAUAACGAUACCCGUUGUCUUAAAUUUGUGGCCUGAUUAGCUGGGAAACUGUCAGCAAAGAGGUUUUGCACUGAGCAGGGGAUACGCUCUUAAUUCAAAUUGUUGCAUGGCAGGUUCAUUUGCAGAUUUGUCUCCUUUGUAGGCGUUUUGUAACCAAUGUAUCUUUUAAGCCGGAUCUGAUUGGCAUGAGUAUUGGGUUGUCUGGUGCCACAAGGACUGUCAAUGUUAGAGGAUGAUUUUUAGUAUGUAGAUUCAGGGGGUAAAUUGUCUCUGGAUAACAUCAUUUGCUUCA